GUAAUUAUGUGAGCGCCUGUAGGAUGUGCACAAUCAUAUCGAACUCCGAUGCUUAAUGGUCCAUGCGUUUGCUCUGCAAGGAAUUGAUUUCUUAGCAUUGGCCUGUUUUUUUUCUAUCCCGCACACAGGCAGAGAAUGGUUUUAUCAAUAGCAGCAAUAGGGUUAAUUGUUUUAGUUUUCCUGCUCUCUUCCAAAAGGGGAGGAGCGGCUGGAGCCAGCAUUUUACUGUCUGUGUAAAGCUUGAGUCAUCCUAUUAGGCUGGGCAGUGUUUGCAGCUGCAUGCUGUCGACUGACUGAGAAGCAACUUGCUGCUACGUCUACCUACGAUGUACAGAGAGACACCCAGAAGCCUUGGGUCAUCAGUGAAGAUGAGCGAGAACAUGCACACAUCAUUCUGAAUGAAUAUUUCUGCUUGUGAACCGUGGUGUGACUCUGGCUGGUUUAAAGCUGCGACAAAAAGACAAGUCUUCAAUGCAUUGAGGCCACAGAGCUAUCACAUUAUCCCUCCUGUCCAUUUGCAAACAAGGCCUGUUGGCUUACACGACUCGGAGAAUCUGCUUUUAUAGAGCCUUUUCUCUGCAGGAAAGACUUAGAGCAAAUCCUGUAUCGCUAAACACUGCAGGUUGCAUAUAUUCGGGGGAAAAAAAUGCUUUGAAUAGACCGAUUCUCAUGUUUGCUCUUAUAUUUAAAUUUUUUUUUUAAAUAUAGCAAUAUAAUUCUUAAACAUUGUGGAACGAAGAUCUUGCCAACUUUCCCCAUCUUAGAAUUUUAUUUUUUCAUGGUUACUGCUGACCGUCUUUGAAAAAGAGACAAAAUUUCUUGAAAAGUUGACCUUGUAGUUUUCAUGUUUUGCAUGCCAUAAAAAAAAAAAAAAAAAAAAAGGUUGACAAAAGCAAAAUUCCGGUAUUGAACUUUUCUGCUGGUUAAAUUGUUAGAAGGAUUUGGAAUCCGAAUUUUAAGGUCUACCUGUUUCCAAGGGUUUCGGGAGAGGGGUAUUAUUGUGAAAUUAAGGUCUCGCUCAAACUUCAUCAUGAGCCGUUCCACUACAACGCCCCCUUUGCCCAUCAAAGAAGGUGACCUGGAGAAGCGAAGUGAUAGUUUUCUUCAGCUAUGGAAGAAGAGAAGAUGUGUGUUGACCGCUGAUGGUCUACAUUUAUAUACAGACCCUCGAAAAAAAGGCAAGGCCAAGGUGUUGCGAUUUGACUCUUUAGCCAAACUGGAAUGCGUGGAGAGGAAAGGAGAGCGUGUCUACUUUACUCUAGUGACAAUGGACGGGCAAGAGAUAGACUUCCGUUGUAGGGAGCGCAGUCGCUGGAAUGCAGAGAUCACUUUAGCUUUGGUGGGCUUUCAAAAUCGAAAAGCUGUGCAAGAACUCAGGGCAAGAAAGGAGAGUCAGUCACGAGAACUGGGAGAACGUUUAAGAAGUUGGGGUCUGUGAUUUUUUUUCUCCACAAUUGAUGUUACGGUAAGGGAAAGUUCUUGUCAUUCUUGUUAAUGCGCACAAAGCACCAUAACUAAAACAAUAUUCAUUUAAUUUACCCAAAUAUAAAUGUUGGUUCAUGUAACAACUUUUAACGAUUGUCCGACUGUUUCUGUAUUUGUCCCACCCAAAUGCAAACCUUUCCACAAUUAACCUCUGAUUUUUAAAAUGGAGGUUAUAGAGAAAGAGAAAUUGCAGAAAAGUUCUAAGUGUGGACCAGUUAGCAGAAGCAUUGUCUUGGUUUCCAUGGAGUUUGUUCCACAAUUAGAACUUCACCAGAAACCUGUAUUAACACUGCAGCCAUUGUGAUUAUACUUAGUCAUUACACUAUGUCAUUUUCAAACCACUAUCAAGAAUAAGACAAUACAUUUCUCACAGUAGGUGAGUGUGGCUUGUAAGGAAGCCUCUCGACUGGUAGGCAGUGCUGUCAAAACCUUCUCCAUCAAUUCGUCUCAGUCCGUUUAAAGUUUAAUAGCCUUUACUUACUGUGUUUAACCCCACAGAGAUUGUUGGUGCCAUAUAAAUAAAUUAUGAUAAUCAUAGAUGUGUUUCUUUUGAGAACAGGCAUUGUUCACUGAGAUUUUAUGAUAGCAAAAAAAAAGCACAGGCUCUAUGUAAUUGGUUUUUAGAAAGCUUUAAAUUUAGGAGUGAAGAGAUAAUUAGCCAUUUUUCUGGAAAAGAGAAAGAAAAAAAGUUUGCAUAUCCAAACACUCUGUAUAUCAUAAAUGCAAAUACUGCCACUUCUUAUAUAUAUUCUUGAACUGUGUUGCGUCUGCUUUGACUAUAUUAUUUUUUUAUUAGGAUAGUUUACCCACAUAGGUUUUGUUUUGUCUUAUAUAAUUGAAAUAUACUCCGGAUUGUAUAUCUGGAUAUUUUGCAUGGACGCUUCCCCCCGUUCCCCAUUCCAUGAUGAUAUCCCUGCUUGGGGUGAAGAUGAACGCAAAUAUACUUACCUAAAGCUCUAGCUUGGCACCUUUGCUCACCCUUGCAGGUGUUGCCAUCUUAUUUCUGUAGCUCUUGGCACUUUAUGUGCCAGAAACCGGUGUCAAUGCUAUAUUCUUGUGCAUGCGCAAAAUUCUCCAUAAUCUAACACCAUCGAUCUUUCAUAGACCAACUCUCGCGAUAUGUGUGCAAAACAUGACUGUUUUCCACAGCCAUCACUAACAACGUUUGUCAGGGUUUGUCGACUUAACACUUGUACAUAACGCAAAUUAGUCUCUACUUUGUCUUAUAGUGUCUUUUGAUUGUAUUGGAAUUUCAAUGAUGUUCCAAUGUACUCAAAAUUAGUAUUUUAUAAAAUAAAUUAUAUUGCUGUGACAAAACUGCCUAUUGACUGCUAGUACUCAGUUUGGGGCAAAGAGGGAUGAUGCAUGAUGAUGCUGAGCCCUUUUUUUUUUUUUUGAGGUGCAUUAGUUCUGGGGCCCCUCUUUCAUGGACUCUCUCAAAGACGAUUUCUAUGAUGCACAUAGUAUAAAUUUAAGUUUUACAUACCUUAAAGGACCACUCUAGGCACCCAGACCACUUCAGCUUAAUGAAGUGGUCUGGGUGCCAGGUCCAGCUAGGGUUAACCCAUUUUUUCAUAAACAUAGCGGUUUCAGAGAAACUGCUAUGCUUAUGAAUGGGUUAAGCCUUCCCCUAUUUCCUCUAGUGGCUGUCUCAUUGACAGCCGCUAGAGGCGCUUGCGUGCUUCUCACUGUGAUUUUCACAGUGAGAGCACGCCAGCAUACAUAGGAAAGCAUUGUAAAUGCUUUCCUAUGUGACCGGCUGAAUGCGCGCGCAGCUCUUGCCGCGCGUGCGCAUUCAGCCAACGGGUAGGAGAAGAGGAGGAUCGGAGGAGGAGAGCUCUCCGCCCAGCGCUGGAAAAAGGUAAGUUUUAACCCCUUUCCAGAGCCGGGCGGGAGGGGGACCCUGAGGGUGGGGGCACCCUCAGGGCACUAUAGUGGUCCUUUAAGAUGCAUCCCUUGUCCAAAUACUGUAAAAUGAAAGCCAAUUUCCCUAUAAGUAACUGACGUAUUACAGCAGAAGUUAUUUCUUUGGAUCGAAUAGAACGAUCAUCACCUUAAACAAACGUUGUUUUGGAGUCUUCUUACAUUUAGCUAAUGGUGGUCCGCCCCUCCCUGUGAUUAAAGAGAUAAACACCCCUUUUUCACUUACCUCUUUCCAGCAACGAGGUCCCGUGGCGCUGACUCCAUCUCGACCCCCUAUGGCAUCAGUGCAGUGGGGGGCCCUAAUGUGCAGCAAGCACUGGGCAUGCAUAAGGCCUUACUCAUAGGAAAGCAUUAAUUCAAUGGUUUCAUUUUGGAGAUAUAAAGAUGCUGGACGUGCUCAGGCAAAUCCUCACAUAUAUUGAUUUUUUUUCCCCUUAAAAGUAUAUCUACUUUAAAAUAAAAUUUAGAAUAAAAAGAACUUAACUAUAUAUGUAUAUAUUAAAAUUAAAAACGACCAUAUACCCUUAGAGGCUCUGUGAAACAAGUGAAAUAUUGUGAAUAAACCCACUGUGAGGAACUGACUCUGCUGGGUUUCGAACCCUGGUUUACAUGGUGCUAAACCUUUUCAUUACCAGUACACCAGCCUGCCUUUUGCAAAUUUACCUGAGAUCUGAUACCAUUGCUUGUAGAGUCAAGGUUAUCAGUGACAACUCACUUCAGCUGUGUCUAGUCAGGUGUCUGGUUCUUGGCCUAUAAAAGCCACUUCCUGUCUCUUUACCUUUGCCAGAUUAUUGUGGUUCCUGUACUCUCUAAUCCAGCGUGUUCCUGUUUCUCCUUCCUGUUGCUGAAUUUGGACUGUUUUGACUUUGCUGCUUCUCCUUCCCACUGACCUCGGCUUGCCUCACUACGAUUAUCAUCUUUCUGUUCCAGUCUCCCAUCUCUGCUUAAGACCAGAAGGCCACUCAAGGCUCAGGGGCUCAACCACCUGGGUAACGAGUGGCUACCUCUGGCAGAAAACAUUGCUGAUCUGGCUACUGGACUCCAAAACUUUGUAACAUCAAUAUCAUUACAGAAUAAUCUGGCCCAUUCAUGGAGACCGUCGGAUCAGAUUCUGCAUUGGCCCAGCAGGUUGCUUUUAAUGCAAGAACUAUGCAGACCCAGGCACAGACCAUUCAAGUGCUGCAGGAUCAGGUAGCUGAACUGCAAAAUGAAGUUCGAUCAAUGCAUAGUGAGCUUACCAGCUACAGGGCACAUGAUGUUGCGGCUGCUGCUACUACUACUGUUACACCUGCACAAGAUGCCCGCUUGCCUCUACCAGAAAAAUUUGGAGGAGACCGCAAAAAAUUCAGGGGUUUCCUAAAUCAAUGCCGUUUGCAUUUCAUGAUGUUACCUAACCGUUUUCCAUCUGAAAGAGAGAAGGUGGGAUUUAUUUUUUCCCUCUUCAAAGAUGAAGCCCUGGCCUGGGGCUCCCCUUUUCUGGAACAGGACAGUCCAAUCUUGGGAAAUUUAAAAGACUUUCUUGAGGCCAUGUGCCUAGUUUUUGAUGAUCCCAAUCGCUGUGCUACAGCAGAAGCCACUCUCCUUCAUUUACAUCAAGGGAGGCGCUCUGUGGCUGAAUAUGCUGCUGAAUUCAGACAGUGGGUUACUGAUACUACUUGGAACCAAUCAGCCCAGAGGUUCCACUUCAGAAGGGGUCUCUCAGAAGCUAUAAAAGAUGAGCUAGCUCGUGUUGAUCUUCCUGUUGAGUUUGAUGCAUUUGUGCGGUUGGCUAUCCGUAUUGAUCGGAGACUUUCAGAAAGAAGAUUGGAAAGACAGGGCUCUUUUAAACCAAGUGCUACUCCUACUUUCUAUUCAAGAAUUUCUACUCCGACCCCACAAACACCUACAGACUCUGAACCUGAGGCUAUGCAAGUAGAUCUAAUAAGAGGGCCAUUAUCCAAUGAAGAAAAACAGUGGCGACGCACUCACAACUUAUGCUUGUAUUGUGGUAGUGCAGGGCAUUAUGCCAUCAAGUGCCCUAACAAGUCUAAAAGAACAAUAGCUAUGACUGCUGAGGGUGCACAGAUUCAACACCAAUCCCAGAUUUCAGACCAACUGGAUUCUGUCACACAACCCUUGUUUUCUCUGGCUCAGGGUGAAGAAGGUAUGAUGACUCAACAUCCUCAUUUGGUGGUGCCUAUCACUUUGCAAUAUGGUAAUAAUACAAUUUCAACUACAGCUAUGAUAGAUUCCGGAGCAGGAGGAAACUUUAUGGACAUUAAAUUUGCAGCAGGAAAUAAAAUUCAGUCUAUCCCUAAAUCUUCACCUGUGUUAAUGGAAACAGUAGACGGUUCUCCACUUACGUCAGGCCCGGUUACACAUGAGACUGUGCCCUUAAAAUUGAUUCUGGAAGUGAAUCACCAUGAGUCUAUAUCUUUCCACCUAAUUUCCUCAACACAGUUUCCAGUGAUUUUGGGUAUACCCUGGCUUGCUCUGCAUAACCCACAGAUUGAUUGGAAGACUAGAACUUUGUCCUUUCCUUCAGAACACUGCUUAAUGAAUUGUCAACCCUCUAAGGCGACACCUGUUACCACAACAAUUAAUGAAAUGGUUGCUACAAACUUAACUAAGCUUCCGCUACAAUAUCAGGAUUUUGCAGAUGUCUGUGAUAAGAAGAAUGCUGAUCAGCUUCCACCUCACAGGCCUUAUGAUUGCCCCAUAGAGCUGCUACCUGGAGCUGCUAUCCCAUUUGGCCGUAUAUACUCCCUUUCUGAGCCUGAAUUGAAAGCACUUCGUGAAUACAUACAAGAAAAUCUUGCCAAAGGCUUUAUUCGACCAUCCACUUCUCCAGCAGGAGCUCCUAUAUUCUUUGUAGAAAAGAAAGAUGGCAGUCUACGGCCAUGUGUCGAUUACAGGGACAUUAAUAAAAUCACUGUUAAAAACCGUUAUCCCUUGCCUCUCAUUCCUGAACUUCUGGAGAGACUUCGUUCAGCUAAAAUAUUUACGAAGCUUGAUCUACGGGGGGCAUAUAAUCUGGUUCGCAUAAGACCAAAUGAUGAAUGGAAAACAGCUUUCAGAACCAGGUACGGACAUUACGAAUAUCUAGUAAUGCCAUUUGGGCUUUGUAAUGCCCCUGCAACUUUUCAGCAUCUAAUCAAUGAUGUACUACGGGAUCUCCUGGAUCAGUUUGUUGUGGCAUAUUUGGAUGAUAUCCUGAUAUUUUCUGAUAAUCUUGAAAAUCACAGAAAACAGGUCUGCAUUGUUCUUGAGCGCCUUCGUACCCACCACCUAUACAUUAAACUGGAAAAAUGUGAGUUUGAACAAACAGAAAUUCAGUUCCUGGGGUAUGUAAUAACUCCUAAAGGUUUAAGUAUGGACGCAAGUAAAAUUAAAGCUGUGCUGGACUGGCCCAUCCCCAAGAAUGAAAAAGAUAUACAGAGAUUUGUGGGGUUUGCCAAUUUUUACAGGCGUUUCAUUAAGAAUUUCUCUGCCGUUAUUACACCGAUCACUGAACUUACACGUAAAGGGACUCCUUUUCAGUGGUCCAAUAAGGCUGACACUGCAUUUUCCAGAUUAAAGACUCUGUUUACAUCUGCCCCUAUCUUGGUACAUCCUCAGCCAGAAUUGCCAUUUACUGUAGAGGUAGAUGCUUCUGAUUCAGCUGUUGGGGCUAUACUAUCUCAAAGGACUGGACCUAAGAUGUUGUUACAUCCAUGUGCCUUCUAUUCCCGCCAGAUGUUACCAGCAGAAAGAAAUUAUGACAUAGGGAAUAAAGAACUUUUGGCUAUAAAAGCUGCCUUCACCGAAUGGAGACAUCUCUUGGAGGGAGCCACCCAUCCAAUUACUGUCCUCACAGAUCACAAAAAUCUGGAAUGUAUCCAAUCCGCUAAGAGACUGUCAGCCAGACAAGCACGCUGGUCCCUAUUUUUCUCAAGGUUUAAUUUUUUUAUUUCAUACCGCCCUGGUUCCAGAAAUGGCAAGGCGGAUGCCUUGUCUAGGAUAGCUGACCCCCUCCAUACUACAGUAACCAAGGCCACCAUCUUGCCAGAGAGCAGAUUUUUAGGAGUUACCUUUCCUUCUGAUCUAAUGUCUCGCAUUAAAAAGGGCUACUCUAAAGAUCCAGUUUUUCGUGAUCCUCCUCGUGAUCUUCAUAUGACCAUGCUUAAUGGGUUUUGGAUUUUUCAACAACGUCUGUUUGUUCCAGAAUCAGUGCGACUGGACGUUUUACGCCUCUACCAUGACUCUAAACCAGCAGGUCAUCCAGGAAUCCGAAAGACACAAGAACUACUUACCCGAUCCUUUUGGUGGCCUAAAUAUUAUGAGGAUGUUAAGAAGUAUGUGUCCUCUUGUGAUGUAUGUGCCAGACAUAAGACUCCUCGCUCAUCCCCUGUUGGCUUGCUUCAGCCUCUUCCGAUUCCUCAUCGUCCCUGGGGAUCUAUAUCCAUGGACUUUAUUGUGGAACUACCUCCCUCUAAGGAACACACUACUAUUCUUGUUGUUGUGGACCGGUUAACCAAGAUGAGUCAUUUCAUACCAGCUCGUGGUCUCCCUUCAGCUAAACAGACUGCUGACCUUGUUAUUCGGGAAAUAUUUCGCUUGCAUGGAGUGCCUGAUGAAGUAAUUUCUGACAGGGGAGUGCAGUUUACAUCUCAUUUUUGGAAAUAUUUUUGUUCUAUUCUAGGUAUUAAUGUAAAUCUGUCUUCAGCUUUUCAUCCACAAAGUAAUGGACAGACUGAGCGAACCAACCAGACUUUAGAACAAUAUUUGCGGUGCUAUAUUAGUUACCUGCAGGAUGACUGGCUGGAUUUUCUACCCACGGCGGAGUUUGCCUAUAACAAUGCCCAACACUGCUCCACUUCUCUGAGCCCAUUUUUUGCCAAUUAUGGUUACCAUCCAACCUUUCUAGUGAGUCUCCCAAUUACUACUCCCAUUCCUGCAGUCACUGACCGGCUAACCGCCUUACGAGAUUCCCAAGAACUGUUGAAGGAGACUCUUUCGGAGGCUCAGGAAUGUUACAAAAGAGCUGCUGAUAGGCACAGAAAGGAGGCCCCAGUUUAUCAUGUUGGUGACAAGGUUUGGCUGUCAACAAAGAAUCUUAAGCUUAGGAUUCCUUCUCAUAAAUUGGGUCAAAAGUUCAUGGGACCUUUUAAGAUAAUCGCUCAGAUCAAUGCAGUCACCUUCCGUCUGCAACUUCCGGAUUCCAUGAAAAUACAUCCGGUGUUUCACGUGGCACUGCUUAAACCUUUUCAUGAAAAUACUUUCCCUGGUCGAGCCUUGCCUGCCCCACCACCAGUCCUCGUGGAUGGUGAAGAUGAAUACGAGGUGGAAAAAAUUCUUGACUCCAGGAUCUUCCGCAACAAACUUCAAUACUUGGUUCAUUGGAAAGGCUAUGGUGAGGAGGAUAGAUCAUGGGAACCAGUGGACAAUAUUCAUGCUCCUGAUCUUCUUCAGUCUUUCCAUGCACAGUACCCUGCUAAACCAGGAAAUAGGGCAUCCAGAGGCUGCGCCUGUAAAGGUGGAGGUAAUGUGAGGAACUGACUCUGCUGGGUUUCGAACCCUGGUUUACAUGGUGCUAAACCUUUUCAUUACCAGUACACCAGCCUGCCUUUUGCAAAUUUACCUGAGAUCUGAUACCAUUGCUUGUAGAGUCAAGGUUAUCAGUGACAACUCACUUCAGCUGUGUCUAGUCAGGUGUCUGGUUCUUGGCCUAUAAAAGCCACUUCCUGUCUCUUUACCUUUGCCAGAUUAUUGUGGUUCCUGUACUCUCUAAUCCAGCGUGUUCCUGUUUCUCCUUCCUGUUGCUGAAUUUGGACUGUUUUGACUUUGCUGCUUCUCCUUCCCACUGACCUCGGCUUGCCUGACUACGAUUAUCAUCUUUCUGUUCCAGUCUCCCAUCUCUGCUUAAGACCAGAAGGCCACUCAAGGCUCAGGGGCUCAACCACCUGGGUAACGAGUGGCUACCUCUGGCAGAAAACAUUGCUGAUCUGGCUACUGGACUCCAAAACUUUGUAACAUCAAUAUCAUUACACCCACAUUAAGACAUUACACUGUAUUAAUGAGAUACACAGCAUUUAGAGGAUUCCUGGCAGCUUUUAGUUAGGUGUUUCCAUUUUGGCUGCUUUUCAAGCAAUCAUCAGUAUAUCAGGAGGAGCUGCCAAUUCCAGUCGAAUUGCUUCAGACUGCAAAUGAAACAUGCUCUCAAUACUGAAAAUCUCCCUCAGGCGUGAGUUUCUUAACAUCGAUUCCUAACCGCCUCCACUGCCUAAAAAUUUUCAUGAUUAAAUUACACAGGAGUAAUAACAGAUAAUGCAUUAAAAAAAUGCAAAUAAAUUAUAUGAAAAAAUUCUUACUUUUCAAGAUCCUGACAAGACACAAUUUAAAUAAGCAGUCAAUGCACACCUUAGGCCUUCAACAUAGAAAAGUAUCUGGUGGCGUUUCACAGAGUCAAACUCGGUGAAACUGCAGGAGGCUUAGCCCUGCAAAGUGAACAUUGUAGUUUCUCUAAAACGGCAAUGUUUUACAUUGCAGGGUUAAGGGGACAGGGACACUGCACCCAGACCACUUCAAUGAGAUGGUGUAGCCCGGGUGCCUAUAGAGUCCUUUUAAAGUUCUACUCUGUAAAUAUAAGGAAAUCUCGAAUUGUACAAUUUCUUGUGUGUUAAAAUAAUAAUUAAAAUCAUAAUUUAAUUGCUCAUUUUGGAAGAUAUGCUUCUUAGGCCUUGGAGUCCCAGUCCCUACCCCAAAUCCCUUAUUAUAAUACUCUAGCACUGUCUGUUCUCCUAAUUACAGUUUUUGUUCUUUACGGAUUUUGAGCUUGUAAAAGCCGGGCAAGUCCUGCCCCUGAUCUUUAUAAAGCCAUAGAUCAAUAGAUAAAAAAUAUCCCUUCUUCCCUGGGGCUACAAAAUUUCUUAAAGGACCACUCUAGGCACCCAGACCACUUCAGCUUAAUGAAGUGGUCUGGGUGCCUGGUCCUUCUAGGGUUAACCCAUUUUUUAAUAAACAUAGCAGUUUCAGAGAAACUGCUAUAAUUAUGAAUGGGUUAAGCCUUCCCCCUAAUCCUCUAGUGGCUGUCUCAUUGACAGCCACUAGAGGCGCUUGCGUGCUUCUCACUGUGAAAAUCACAGUGAGAGCACGCCAGCGUCCAUAGGAAAACAUUGUAAAUGCUUUCCUAUGAGACCGGCUGAAUGCGCGCGCAGCUCUUGCCGCGCGUGCGCAUUCAGCCGGCGGGGCGGAUCGGAGGCGGAGAGGAGGCAGAGAGCUCUCCGCCCAGCGCUGGAAAAAGGUAAGUUUUAACCCCUUUCCCCUUUCCAGAGCCGUGCGGGAGGGGGUCCCUGAGGGUGGGGGCACCCUCAGGGCACUAUAGUGCCAGGAAAACGAGUAUGUUUUCCUGGCACUAUAGUGGUCCUUUAAUGAUAAUCAGUUUCAAGGUGAAAUGGGCACUUUAUAAUAACCCAGGACGAGGUAAAAGGAGGAUAGAAUCAUAAUGCCUUUAUGAAACUAUGGCACAGUAUAGAAUCUUUACAAAAAAUAUAAAUUGGGUUGGAAUGUUGUUGAAAUUUUGGCCGAGGAAAUAUUAUUAUAUUAUGUUAUAUUAUAUCAAUAUUAUAUCCGAGGGAUAUUAUUGAUAGACGUGGUUGCACUCGAGGAAAUGGGAUAUUAUUGAUAAACGUGGUUGCACUCGAGGAAAUGGGAUAUUAUUGAUAAACGUGGUUGCAUUACCAUUCGUAGGACCUACAGAAGAAUAAUCUACCAAUAUUGUGAACUGCUGAUUGGAUACUUUCGCAGAUUUGUUGAUUAAAGGGUUACUCUAACCCGUUUUAAUAAUACUAUUCUUUUAUUUCUGUUAGGAUGCCCUGCUGGGCAUUAUUAAUUACCCCCUUAUAAACCUGCAAAAUAAACUGUAAACUCUCCUGGAAUCCAGCGUGGGUGAAGCUGCCCUUGAUGGAUUCCAUACCAAGGUCCAACAUCACCGCUACCCUCUCAUGGGUCAAUGCAAUGCUUCUAGAGAAGCAUAUGAUUGGACGGUUUCAUCAGCUCAGAGCGCAUGCGUGCGGUGUGAGCCAAGUGGGGCAGGGAAGGGUUGGACAGAGGGAAGUGGUGGGGCUUAAAAAAAAAAUAGAAUAACUGUAACUGGAGGAAGGCAGAGGAAGGCAGGGAGAGCAUAUUGAAGUAUACCCUUGCAGAAUCAAUGACUGCAAAAGAGAAACUCAUUACACUGUGCGCAUUGACGACAGACCUUAUUUUUGCACAGACUUCACAUUAGUCAGUAUGGAAUAGAGCUGCCUAAGUCACAUGUGCCAGGGGUGCAACUAGCCCUCGGCACAAAACUGCAAAUAUCUGUGUGUGUACAGUGUUUCAAGCAGAAUCGCCAGACAUACAGAUUAUUACCACCAUAACCACUUAUUUUAAAUGCUUAUAAUUUAUUAAAGAUUUUUUGCAUUACAAGAAAAGGUGAACAGUCUCCACGUUACAAACGUCACAUAAGGAGGGUAGCAUACAGAUCGCACCAUAACCACUUCUAAAAGCAGAAGUGGUCUUGGUGGUCUUAGUAACCCUUUAACAAACCAGAUGAACACUUUUGGUGAUAAACUCUUACUAAAGUGAGUUCAAGGAAUGAGGCCACAAAUAGAGGCAGUUUUCAUUCUACAGUCUUACUCUUUUUUUACCUUGUCUUUCAAGCUACAAAACUAUCACAGGGCAUACAUUGUAUCCAACCACUGGCUUGAUCUCAAUCUCUCUUCUCAACCGCAGCGCACCUGUUACCAACACAAUACAAUUAAGGUAUUAUGAUACCAUAAACUGGCUUCUAAAUGAUCUGCCUUUCAAGUUUUUUUUACAUGCAACAAAAGAUAUAUGAUCUCCCAAGUCAUCGUAUUUAUUUAUUGCAUCGUUACACUGGAAUGCUUUCAAAACCAAUCAAGUUUAUAUUUAUUUAAGUUUAAUCAGGUCAUAUUCGAUAUAAUUCCCAACAAUUCUCACUUUAGUAGAAAAGUCUGUGACUAUUAUAAUUGUCUGUAAGUAAGACUCAGGUGUUCUGAAGAUGUAAUAGUUCUUGGGAAACAUUGAUAAAAUUAUCAUCAUUGAACAUUAAUAUGGGUAAUAUGGGUUAAAUCCUACCGGAGCCCAGAAUUAUAUUCAAUUGUGGCAUAUGGCCUUGGUGAUGUGACUAUGUGCAUGUAAUAACUCUUGUGAUAGAGAUGUUUUAGCAAAGCCUCCCAACUCUACUGACUGCGAUAGGACUGUAGCUGAUUCAGUGUCCUGUUCCAGAAUCUCGAAUUGUCAGAACAAGCACCUUCCAUAUGGCAUCCCCGCCAGCAAUGCACCGUGGUGGGGGGGUAAUCUGUGUUACUCUUCUGAGCAAUAUUGCUUUCUGACUGGUGCAGCUCUUCACUGUAUGUGUGAAGUAAAAAUUUUUAGUUAUAUACUGGAUGAAAACUAUUAUUAAAGGAAUUCUAUAGUGCCAGGAAAACAAACCGUUUUCCUAGCACUGUAGAAUCCUAUAGUGCCUCCCUUCCUCCCGUUCCCCAUCCCACGUUGCUAAAGGGGUUAGAACUCCUUCAGUCACUCACCUGAAUUCAGUGUUGAUGUCCCUGGGUGCUGGGUCAGGCUCCGCCCAUGCUUCUAACCCACCAACGUUAGCCGGUGGUGGAGAUGUAAUGCGCAUGCGCGACAGUGGUGCUUUUCUAUGGGGAAAUAUCUGACGCUGGAGGUCCUCAUGCAUAGCGUGAGAAUGUCCAGCGUCAGAUAAAGGACCAAAGGUACGUUUGGAUUCCAGAAGUCCCUACAGUGGCUGUCUAGUAGACAGCCAUUAGAGGAAGAGAUAACUCUCAGAGGUAAUUAUUGCAGUUGCUCAAAAACUGCAAUAAUUACUAUUGCAGGAUUAAGGGACAUAAGACAUUGCACCCAGACCACUUCAAUGAGCUGAAGUGGUCUGGGUGCCUACAGUCUCUCUUUAAUGUUGGGGAAACAAAUAUGUAUUUCCUUAGUGUCCCUGUCCCUAAUUUAAUAAGUCACCCCCCCCACACACACCUCACCUCCAGCAUGUAAAUGAUAUUUAAAAAAAAAAAAUUACCUUACCUCUUUCAAGCACGAGGCUCCCUAGGUCUCCUCCCCCCGCGACGUCACAGAGAUGGGGGGACCUAAUGCACAUGCGUGGCAUUAAAGCUUCCCCAUAGAAUAGCAUUGAAUUAUUGCUUUCCUAUUGGGAAUUUGAAGACUGUAGAUGUCUCCAUGCAAAGCUUGAGGACGUCCAACGUAAUUUCACCGAGUAAAACUCUGUUUGGGAGCUGGAAGCGCCUCUGGUGACUGUCUGAAAGAAACAUUGAAACUGCAACAUUUUACGUUGCAGGGUUAAGGGGGCAGUGGCAACUGCACACAGACCACUUGAUAAAAUGGACUACAUAUAUAGUGUCCCUUUAACAUUCAAUAAGGGCCGAUGUUUUCUAUACUUAUAACUAUGUAUGCUUUAUUUAGAAUAAAGUUAUAAAGGAUACAAUUCCUAGUCAAAAACAACCCCUGUUGAUCCCAUAUUUAUUUGUGAUACUGUUCUAUUUUGAUAAAUAAUGUAAUAAUGCUGCAUGUUCUGACAUUACUUUAUGGCCUACCUGUUACAAUUUUCGGCAGGACCAUUUAUCCCUUGCCUUUCUGCUACCUUAUGUUUAUCUUAUAUAAUCAUUUAUUUUCUGUAUUGAAAAAUAGUAAUAGAGGAAUUAAAAAGAUCUUAAAAGCAAUACAGUUGUUUUUAAGGAAAUGCAGGAUAAAUAGAGAGAAAGAUAGCAACAACUACCAUGAAUAACGUUUUGUCCCUUUAAGAUUAGUAUUCAGUACAAUUGUAACAAGAAGAGGCCUUAUUUGCUAAGACACAGAGACUUCAGCCCAGGAAUGUCAGAUAAACAGCCUUUCUGACUCAUUCACAAGGCUACACAGAGCUGGCUCGGUGUGAAGGCCAGAGGCACGACAAGUCUGGACAUGCAGUGUAUGAGGCCAACAUAUCUCCUAAAGUAUGCAAUUAGUGCAAGUUUAAACAUUUAGGGGAUAUUUGUAUGGUUCCUUUGGUUUGGUUUUUAUUCUUGUGGAUCAAAUUCUGUCAUUUCCAGUUUUGCCCUCUGACCGUUACUGUCAAAUAACCAAAUUCUCUGUUAAAGGAAAGCUAUAGUGCAAAGAAUACAAAGUUGUAUUCCUAGCACUAUAGUGCCUCCCUCGCAAGCCCUUGCACCCCCCCAGCCGCGGUGAAUAUAGGGUUAAAAACCCUUUAUUUACCUACCAGACCCAAUUGUCCUGUAACGGUAAUUUUGCAUCCCACCUGAUGCUUUCUCAGGUGCGAAACGCGUCCAUGGCGUCACUUACUGUUUUCUGGUGGUUAUCUUAGGUGGUCUCUCCUCUGAACAGUAGCGACGGGUAGCUUAUUCACUCAGUAUUUAUAUAUAUUUUUUGUUUGGAUACUGUGUUAUUUUACACACUUGAUACUAGUUUGUACAUAUGAUAUUCAAACUAUUUUACGCGAGGACUGCUGUUACAGUGCGAUGCCAUGUGUAUUUAUUUCCAUUACUUUUUUCAAUAAAUGUGCUACUUUUUCAUGACCCUUUUUUCAUGUGUGGAGUAUUUGCAUUUAGCCAUGUUUUUUUUUACUGUUAUAUGUUGGUGCCGUAUAAAUGCUGAUAACAACUUAAGCCUCCCUGGGAUCGCUGCCACGCUGACCUUGAUUUUAUGCUUUCUAGUAUCCCUGAACUGGAUAGCUUUGACCCUGAUUUUUGUUUUUCUGCAUUCCUGACCAACUAUAUUUUUGUCUCAGUAUUUCUGACCUUAGUGUUAGUAUUCUAGUCCUCAUAUUUCCCGAGCGUUUGGCCACUCUAAGGUCCAGUAAUACGCCUUUCUAUUGUUACUACUGAGUCUUUGACAGGUGUUGACUUAUAUCUUGCUGAGUAUCCUAACAGGUUCGUGACAGUGUAAAAUCCAUCCUGUAGUACUUGCUAUUGGCUAUCACUAUGCGUGCCAUAAAAAUGCCUUUUCCUUUUAAUUACAGGUAGAAUCACCAGUGAGGGUUAAGGUGCUUAUCAAGCUGCUCUGAUUGGAUAAGAGCUUAAGUGAUUUUGAGUCUGGGUCUGAAUCAAUCAGUGAGGAUGACUGUAGAUCAGUUGGACUUACCCAAUAGGGACAGAUGGGAUUUCACUACUGACAUUUAAAACAACAAGCCAUCGAGCAGUCUCCUGCUGAGAUAAUACUUUAGCGCUACUGUGCAUCUUGUUUCAAUACAUAACUUACUCACUUAGUAUUCAGACAAUUUGCAAUAAAACCUAUAGGGCGAGUUCUUUCGACUGACUGCUGAAUGACUGCCAAAUAGUUUUUGGUUUUCUAAAUUUGACUAUAUUAGCCAAAAGCUUGGUAUAUUAUUAUUAUUAUUAUUAUUUUAUUAUUUAUAUAGCGCCAUCAGAUUCUGUAGCGCUGUACAAAGGGUGGACUAACAGACAUUUAAUUGUAACCAGAAGUACAGGAAACAGAGAGGUGGAGGGCCCUGCUCAAUGAGCUUACAUUCUAGAGGGAGUGGGGUAUAGUGACACAAAGGGUAAAUGUAGGGGUACGAAGUAAGAUGUUGGAAAAGUAUUCGCUGAGGGCUUAAUAGGUAAUUUUUGACAGUUGCAGGAGAGGAGUCAUGGAGGGUGGGGGAUGAAAACCUGCUAACAGUUUAAUUGAUAUGCAUUCUUGAAGAAGUGAGUUUUCAAUGAUUUUUUGAAUGAGUGGAGACUGGGUGAAAUUCUUACGGAGGAGGGAAGGGAGUUCCACAGAAGAGGUGCAGCCCUGGAAAAGUCUUGGAGGCGAGCGUUAGAGGUGGGAGUACAGACAGAGGAUAGACGUAGGUCUUUGGCAGAGUGUAGGGGCCUUGACGGGACAUACUUGUGUAUUAGGGAUGAUAGGUAGGUUGGAGCUUUGUAAGCAAGCAUCAGAAUUUUAAAUUGAACCCUAUAUCUAACUGGGGGCCAAUGCAGGGACUGACAGAGCGGCGAGGCGUGGGAGGUGCGAGCGGACAGGAAAAUGAGCCUUACCGCCGCAUUAAUUAUAGAUUGCAACGGUGCAAUCUGUGAACAUGUAAGAACACUGAGAAGGGUAUUGCAGUAGUCCAGGCGAGAGAGAACAAGAGCAUGGACCAGCACCUAUGUUUUUGAGAUGGAAGCGACAGGAUUUGGCAAUUGAUUGGACAUGAGGGGUGAAGGAGAGGUUGGAGUCAAAAAGAACACCCAGGCAGCGAGCUUUGGAGGUAGAGGUGAUGGUAGCGCCGUUGACUUGGAGGGAGACAGACACGGGAGUAGUAACACUUGAGGGAGGAAAGAUCAGAAGUUCUGUUUUGGACAGGUUGAGUUUAAGGAAGUGAGCAGCCAUCCAUUUGGAAAUCGGGGCAGUCAGAGACACGAGUCAAGAUGGGCGGAGAGUGAUCAGGAGAGGACAGGUAGUUUUGCGUGUCAUACGAUAAUGGAAGCCAAACGAGCUGAUGAGUUUACCAAGGGAGGCAGUGUAGAUAGAGAACAGUAGGGGACCAAGGACAGAACCUUGGGGGAUGCCGACAGAGAGUGGUUGGGGGGAAGAGGCAGAGUCAGAGAAAGAAACACUGAAAGAGCACUGGGAGAGGUAGGAGGAGCACCAGGAGAAAGCAGUAUCCCGUAGACCAAAGUUACGGAGAAUGCGAAGAAGCUGUUGAUGAUCAACAGUGUCAAAGGCAGCAGAGAGAUCAAGGAGAAUUAGGAUAGAGUAAUGGCCGCGAGAUUUAGCAGCAAUUAAAUCGUUGGAUACUUUGGUCACAGCCGUUUCGACAGAAUGACCAACGCGGUAUAUGAAUCGUAUACAGCUGUUCACAAAAGGUAAAUUAAUUUUUUCCGGCCAUGUUUGUACUCCAUUCAGCUAUUUUGCUGAGUUAGCUGUGGGAUGUAACUGAAUCACUAUAGGUUUAUUAAUUCACAAAGAAUACAUGAAUUGCAACUAAAUCACUGUCAUUCAUUCAAUUUAAUUCCACUGAUACAAAGCAGGAAAAAGUUCAACAUAAUCCUAAAUCCCACCCCCCCACAAAAAAAGUCACACUAAAGCUAGAGAUCAUAAGCUGACAUUAAUUUACAAAUCUGUUGAAAUUCGGCUGGAGACAAUAUAAAAUAGCUGGGAUCAAUUGGUUUGAUGUGUUUCAGUUAGAACAAUAGAAAGUAAUGUGUACUUUAGAGGAAUUUUAUCAGCCAAAAUGAAGAGGAUUAAGAUGAAUGAAAGUAAAUGAAUUUGUAAUGGAAAAUUCAGUGUAGAAUAGUGGGUGGAUUCCCUUACAGAAAAGGUUAAUUUUUAAAACACUAAUUGCAACAUUGAGGUUAAAAUAGCUAAUUUAAAAAUUAAUUUCUCCAAUUCAAUUCAUGUGGGUAGACUUCUGGCGAAGGGGAAGGGGGAUCUGCCCCUGUAUUAGACAGGCUAGAGACCUGUGGAAGCUUGUAGAAUGUACCUUUAGUAGAUUAAAAUGUUUGGCCUGUAUGUUGCCUUGCAUAUGGGAGAACUAUGAAUGUUGUCCUUGUUUCUUGAUACUGGAGGUACCAGCACUUUUUAAUGUCUUCCACAAUAAAGUACUAGUGUAAUUUGAGAUGCUUGUAAUUGGAUGUGACGAGAACACUACCAUGUAAACUUUAUUUUUAUUUUCAAAUAUUUAAAAAUCAGGUACAACAAUCACACAUAUGCAGUCAUUGUGUCCUGAUAUGGAAAACCAUAGAAUUCAAAGAGGGUGUACUUUCUUUUUCGCAUGACUGUAUAUUUUCUCCUAGUGAUAUCUAAGAAUAUACAGAGAUAGUCAUCAUGAUUUUUUUUUUUUUUAACUUCAGCACAUAAUCAGCUAAUUCAAACUCAUGCAAAAGUGGCAACUGAAAUCUAAACUGAGAACAGGGAAGCAAUUUGGCCCAACAUUGGGGUUUGCCUGGGAACACCUACCACACCCCUUCGAUGUACCAGGUCCCUUGGCUAUAGGACAUUACUAGCAGUCUACAUAGAAGGAAGUCAGAACCUUAGUUUUGGCUUUGAAUACUCGACUUUGGUAUGAGAAAUUGCCAGUACUUUUUCAAAGGUGCACGAGAUCUUCGGCACCUGUUAUCCCUGGUAAAGUCAGUAUUGACAGAAUUUCCCCCAAUUUGUGUUUUUACUGGAAAUUACUAUUUUUUUCCUUGGGUGAAAAUCCCCUUUGACACAGCCCUGCAUUACAUCAUUGUGACAAAUAACAAAUAUAUACUAUGGAGCAACUCAGAAAUCUGACCUCAUAGGUGCUGGACUUCACCAAAGAUUAUGAAAGUUGAGAUGAAUAAUUGAUGAAUAAUUCAUCCUCAAAAGAAUGACUUAGGAAAUAUCAUAGGAUUGUAUCCUUUAUUCAUGAAAUGCCAAUUCUUCUAAUAUGUGACUAUAAAUCAUUAAAAUAGCUUUCUCCUUUUUUCCCCAUCUCUCAUUCAGGAUUUUUCAUCUUACUACUCAUUUGGACGACCAAACACUUCUGUAAUUUCUUUGUGCUUCACUGGAGGCUUCUACAAGAAGAUUAUCCAUCACGUUUAUGAGGUGAUAGGACUCCGUGAGCAGGUGUUAGCCCUGCUUGGACUCCGUAGGAGAUUCCCGAAAUGUCUGGUUUAGAGGAGAAAGCUACUAGUCUUCAAUUGUAUCUGCAAGAAUCUAGGAAGAAGAUCCACAGUCAUGUUUCUUGUCACUAGAGAUGGUCUUCUUUCUCUUCUUCUUGAGUUACAGGGACAGAAGACUCCUUUGCAAAGACUAAUACUUUAACUAAUGUUAAGGGUAUGUUCACAAACAUACAGAACUGAAGACCAAAUAAUGCUAUCAUCACAAUAAACUAUUUACUAAUUUAGCAAUCAUACAAGGUUCACGGGCUGUUGCACUAAUCGGUGAGACCUUCUGAAUUCUGGGUACACUUCUUGCUCUGAAUUUCCAGGUGCUUGUUACUUUAUUUUUUCUUCUAUUGAUUAUUUGAGCUGUACUACAGUUUGUGAAAUAUGUUUUUUUGUGACUUUUGAAAAUAAAGAAAUAAUGCAAGUUAUAACUAGUUAUUUUAGUCGAAAUACAGAGGCGAGGAUUGCGCAUAUUUCUGCUGAAUGCUACACGUUUCAAUUUGUUUCCUUUUUGUUUCCUGAAACCUCAUCUUUACAUUUAAUUUUUGUUUUUACCAUAAGACAAAUUAGUUACAAAAUAUUCUUAAAUAUAAGGUUUUUUUGUGGUUGUUUUCUUUCAAAUACAGUUUACCAUUUUCAAGAUAAAGUGCAAUUCUAGAACUAUUUAAAAACAUGGGUCAUCCCUCCAUAUCAACAUGUUAAUUUGUACGUGCUGCGGUAAGGCAGCAGUCAAUUAAUUCAUGGACGUGUUUUUACUAAAGUGAAAGUUGUUUGGAUUUCAAAGUGAAUGAAAAAUUUUAGGCCACAAAAAGUCAAACUGAAAAUAUCUCUGACUUUUCUUUUUUGCCUGAGCAAUAACAUUUAAAUGGAACCCGAUUUGAAACACAACGAAAACAUAAAAACGAACACAUCUACUGACAAAGAAUAUUAUUAUGUUGAAACAAAAACUAGAUUGCUGUUUUUAUUUUUAUAUUUUAUAGUGUGAAUAAACAGUAGAAGUUAAAGGGACACUAUAGUCACCUGAACAACUUUAGCUUAAUGAAGCAGUUUUGGUGUAUAGAACAUGCCCCUGCAGCCUCACUGCUCAAUCCUCUGCCAUUUAGGAGUUAAAUCCCUUUGUUUAUGAACCCUAGUCACACCUCCCUGCAUGUGACUAGGGUUCCAUAAACACUUCCUGUAAAGAGAGCCAUAUUUAGGCUUUCUUUAUUGCAACACAUGUUUGCAUGAAAAUGCCUGAAGGGAGCCAUUAUACACACCAUUGAGCUGUAGUUGUUCUGGUGACUAUAGCGUCCCUUUAAAAAAACUAGAGUAAAAAGUCUGCAAAAAAUAUGUUUUUGUUGUUCCAGGAAUCGAAAGUAAAUUAAAAUUUUAAACCAAAAUAGUAAAAUUGGAAAAAUUCCUCGACAAUGACUUUCCAUUUGUCAAUGUUAACUUAAAUUUUAAAUUCACUUCGAAUUUCUGACAAAUCACAAUUUAGUGAACAAACCUGUGUGUUCUAUACCAAAACUGGUCAACUACAACAGAGCAAAUUGCUACUAUUUAAUUCAAGUUGUGAGUUUGAAAACUUACUCAGCUCUGCAGUUUUUUAUAUAAAGUCUAUUGUAUCACAUUUUAUUAUCACUAUAAAAGAUCAACCUAAUUAUCUGCCCAUCUGUGUUCUCGGGUUGUUAAAUUAAUUCUCAGCAUUAAAACUGACAUAAAUAAAUCAUUGUACAAUGACAACCUUGGUCAGAGGAGUUUCUUGAAUCUGAAGUAGGUGAGAAUGUGCUGUGUCAGCACAUGAAAUCAAAGGGUUGGCACACAGAGCCAAAACAGGUCACUGCAAGUACAGAAUAAAGGACCAUAUGGCAAAGUGACAAUAUAUGGAUACAAGAACUCCCUGCUAAAAGAUCAUUAGGCAACCUUUGGCACUCUAGUUG